AUGUCCUUUAAAAAUCUAUUCUCUUCGAUAAUUCUUGGAAAUACAACAUUAAGCCCUGUUGAAAAACUACAAUAUCUUAAAGCCAGCUUGACUGGUACAGCUUCUCAUUUUCUUAAGAAUACCGCAUUAACUGCUGAUAAUUUUGAAAAGGCGUGGACCGAUCUUACUUCUUUUUACGAAAAUAAACGACUAUUAGUUAAUUCAGCAAUCCAGUCCUUACUUUCAUUAAAAAAGAUUACGCAGGAGUCAGCCAGUGAACUCGAGAAUCUUUAUACAAAUAUCAUGCAAAUUUAUCGAACGCUGGAAACUUUACAACGCCCAGUUGAUAAGUGGGAUGAUUUCCUAGUAUUUACAGCAAUUCAAAGAUUGGAUUCAGAAUCCGUUAAGGUUUGGGAAUACCAUCUCGGAUCAACAAAGGAACCGCCCACCUGGAAACAUUUUUGUGAGUUUUUGGUCACACGUCUUCUUUCGUUACAAGCAUUUGAAAAAUCUCAAAACAUUCCUGCAAAAAAGAAGAUAUCACCUCAAGCAGUUAAAUCUCAUCAUCAAAUUCAAAAGAGAACCCAGAUGACACAACAAAUUCCUUCUUGUAUUCUUUGUUCGGCGAAGCAUUUUUUGUAUAAUUGUCCCCAAUAUAACUCACAAACUACCCAGCAACGUUAUUCUUUAAUCAUGAAGCACGGCCUUUGUUAUAAUUGUUUGGGAAAACAUCGUGUGUCUGAAUGCCUUUCAACUCGACGAUGUACAAAAUGUGGUAAGAAACACCAUACAACGAUUCACAGAAAAGUUCCAUCAGGUAAAGAAAACGUUUCUGAAAAAACAGCUUCAAAUGUUUCCACCGAAACUUCAACCACACCAGGUUCAUCACAAGUUUUACAUGCCGCUAUUAAUCCGGUUCAGGCAUCUACCAACUGUAUUUUAUUAGCUACCGCGCAAGUUCUACUCAUCAAUAAAGCAGGACGCAUCAUGAAGAUCCGAGCACUUAUUGAUCAAGGUUCUGAGAUAACGCUUAUAUCUGAAAGAGCCGUUCAGACAUUAAAGCUUCCUCGUUCACAAUCGUCCAUUCCUUUAGUCGGGGUUGAAGAACAAACACCUAACCGUACUCGUGGAAUUACUUCUUUCAAGAUUACUUCUCUCUAUGAUAAGUCAGAAGAGUUUCAAUUUUCAGCUCAUAUUCUUACUAAAUUAACCAGUUCAAUUCCUUCAGUUCAAAUUAUCAAACAAUACUGGCCACAUUUCGAUGGAUUACAUUUAGCCGACCCUCAAUUUGGUUCUCCGGGAUCUGUAGAUCUCAUCAUUGGCGCAGAUCACUAUCAUUUAAUUAUUAAGGAAGGUUUAAAAAAAGGACCAUCCAAUACUCCUAUUGCACAGUUGACUUCAUUCGGAUGGGUUUUAUCCGGCCCUGCCUCAUCAGAAACGCUACGUCUUACUGCUCGAAGUUAUCAUAUCUCUAUGGAAUCUCAACUUUAUGAUCUUUUGCACAGAUUUUGGCAAUUAGAAGAAGUAAAAACAAGUCACGAAUUUCUUCUAUCUUCUGAAGAUCAACAGU